UAAUACUAAUAGCGCGCUGUAGAGACAAAAGAAAUGUAUAAUGAAUGCGUUAACUUUUACUUUGUACAGUAAGUCACGACCCCAAUAAAAAAAAAAUUACUACUAAGCUUGCUAUAUAAAUAUGCCUUCUAGGGUUAGGGUUUAUUAAUGGAAAAAGAUUAUGACUGUAGCUAGCUAAGAAUUUUCUGUCAUACAUAUGCUAUCUUCAUACAUAUGCUAUCUCUUUUCUCUUUUAGAUGAAAAUUAUUUUUUGUCAACUAAAGAAGACAGAUGACAAAACGUCAUGAAGUGAAUGACGACGACGAUGACUCAACGAAUUCAUCUAUUACUAUUAGGACAGUGAGGUACAGAGAGUGCCAGAAGAACCAUGCUGCAAGUGUUGGUGGAUACGCGGUUGAUGGGUGUCGGGAGUUCAUGCCAUGUGGCAAGGAAGGAACUCCUGACGCCCUUACUUGUGCAGCCUGUGGCUGUCACCGUAAUUUCCAUCGAAGGGAAGUGGAAACUGAAAUUGCCUCAGACUGCUCCUUCCCUUCUUAAAAGUAAGUUUUAACUUCUUUGUGUAAUUAUAUAUAUUUGGGAUGUGUAUUAUGCCUUUAGGAACCAAAGGGAAGGAUUGUUUCUUUUACUUUUGAUGUUCCAAUUUAGGCCUACUUGUUGUUUAUAUACGUGAAGGUGAGAAUGUUUGUAAUGAUAUUUUUGGUUGAUUAAUGUCAAGAGUAAACCAUAUU